CAAUAUCGCGCUCAUUAGUUCUCGUUCAAUCGGCCAUCAUGUAUAAGGCGCUAUGUUUGAUGGCUGUGCUUUCGUUAUGCACGGCACGGCCAGAGCCUCCCGUCAAUUCUUAUCUUCCUCCAGGACAGGGGGGACAGAAUGGUGGCUAUAGUAGUGGUGGGCCUUCUGAUCAGUUUAGACCCCCUGAUCUCCAAGGUGGAAGUGGUCAAGGAUCUGGUGGAAAUUUUGGCGGUGGCAAUAAUUUUGGCACACCUUCAAACAGCUAUGGUCCGCCAGGUUUUUCGGGAACUGGUACAGGUGGAUCUGGUUCAAGCGGCUUUGGAAAUCAAGGAAACGGACGACCAUCCGAUUCGUAUGGUCCACCAUCACAAGGAAAUGGUUUCGGUGGAGGUGGUGGUGGCGGACGUCCUGGCGGCUCUUCGGGAGGAUUUGGAAACCAAGGACAAGGGAAUGGGCGACCCUCAAGCUCAUAUGGUCCCCCAUCUCAAGGAAAUGGCUUCGGUAGAGGUGGUGGCGGAAACGGACGACCAUCUGAUUCGUAUGGUCCACCGUCUCAAGGGAAUGGCUUUGGUGGCGGCGGUGGAGGUGGUCGUCCUGGUGGCUCUUCAGCAGGAUUUGGAAACCAGGGACAAGGAAACGGACGACCAUCCGAUUCGUAUGGUCCACCGUCACAAGGAAAUGGUUUCGGUGGGGGUGGGAAUGGACGACCGUCAAACUCAUAUGGUCCCCCAUCUCAAGGAAAUGGCUUCGGUGGAGGUGGUGGAGGCGGUCGUCCUGGCGGCUCUCCGGGAGGAUUUGGAAAUCAAGGACAAGGAAAUGGGCGACCGUCAAACUCAUAUGGUCCCCCAUCUCAAGGAAAUGGCUUCGGUGGAGGUGGUGGCGGUCGUCCUGGCUCUUCGGGAGGAUUUGGAAAUCAAGGUCAAGGAAACGGACGACCAUCCGAUUCGUAUGGUCCUCCAUCGCAAGGAAAUGGUUUUGGUGGUGGCAAUGGAAAACCCUCAGGCAAUGGAUUUGGUGGAUCUGGAAAUGGACAACCUUCAAACACUUAUGGCACACCUAAUAGUAAUGGUGGCUCCAGUGCCCUUGGAAGGCCUGGUGGUGGUUUUGGAUCUCAAUCAAACGGUGGUGGUUUUGGUGGAAAUGGCUUUGGAAAUGGUGGCUCUUCAGGAGGUGGUCAAUCCAAUACUUAUCUUCCACCAUCAUCGGGCGGCGGAAGUGGCGGAGGUAACGGCUUUGGAGGCGGAAACGGCGGACGACCAUCAUCAAAUGGUUAUUCUCAGGGACAAGGAGGUGGUAAUGGUUUUGGACAAGGUGGCCAAGGAGGUAGACCAUCUAGCAAUUAUGGUACUCCUCAAGGAGGAGAUAAUGGAUAUAGCAGUGGUGGUCCAUCUCAAGGCUUUGGUGGACAAAACGGAGGAGCUGGUAGUGGUGGUAAUUUUGGCGGACAAGGGCAAAUCCAAGACAGCUAUGGUCCUCCACCUUCCGGAGCAGUGAAUGGAAACGGAAAUGGUGGAUAUUCUUCUGGUGGACCAGGUGGACAAGGGCUAGAUGAAGGAAGCAAUGAGCCAGCAAAAUACGAAUUCUCAUAUGAAGUGAAAGAUGAUCAAUCCGGUAGUAAUUUCGGACAUACAGAAAUGCGCGACGGUGAUCGAGCGCAGGGCGAAUUUAAUGUUCUGCUGCCUGAUGGCAGAAAACAAAUUGUUGAAUAUGAGGCUGAUCAAGAUGGAUUUAAACCCCAGAUUCGAUAUGAAGGCGAAGCUAAUACUGGCGCUGGAGCUGGAGGCAGUGGUGGAGGUUAUCCUUCGGGUGGCGGUAGCGCUGGCGGCUUUGGAGGCAAUAGUGGUGACGGAUACCCUUCUGGAGGGCCAUCCGGAGGACAAAGCAGCCAGUUCGGAGGACAACAAGGUGGCCAAUUCGGUGGACAACAAGGUGGAAACGGUGGCUAUCCAUCAGGUCCUCAAGGUUCAGGCUUUGGUGGAGGUGGAAAUAAUGGUGGCAAUGGUGGAUAUCCAUCAGGCGGUCCUAGCGGUCAAAGACAAGGGCAAGAAGGUGGAUUCGGCAACAAUAAUUUCGGUGGUGGUGGUGCAGCAGGUUAUCCCUCUGGUGGUCCAAGUAGUGGAUUUAAUCAAGGAGGUGGAGGUUACCCUGCAGGGAGCGGUGGCGAUGCUGCAGCUAAUGGCGGAUAUCAAUAUUAA